GGAACUGGCAGUUGUGACUGAAUUGGUCUCAGACAAAGAUCAACGAUCGAGAAAGAGAGAAGUUUAUAAUUGUGUAUUAAAAUUAUUAAACGGAAUCUUCGAAAAUGUGUGACGAGGAAGUUGCUGCUCUUGUCAUUGACAAUGGAUCUGGAAUGUGCAAGGCCGGUUUUGCCGGUGACGAUGCUCCUAGAGCCGUUUUUCCUUCCAUCGUCGGCCGACCAAGGCAUCAGGGUGUGAUGGUUGGCAUGGGCCAGAAGGACAGCUAUGUGGGAGACGAGGCCCAGAGCAAGAGAGGUAUCCUCACACUAAAAUACCCCAUUGAACACGGCAUUGUGACCAACUGGGAUGACAUGGAGAAGAUUUGGCAUCACACUUUCUACAACGAGCUCCGUGUGGCCCCCGAGGAACACCCCGUUCUGCUCACAGAGGCCCCUCUCAACCCUAAAGCCAACAGGGAAAAGAUGACCCAGAUCAUGUUUGAGACCUUCAACACACCUGCCAUGUACGUGGCCAUCCAGGCUGUGCUAUCUCUGUACGCUUCUGGUCGUACAACCGGUAUCGUGAUGGACUCCGGUGACGGUGUGUCCCACACUGUCCCCAUCUACGAGGGUUACGCCCUGCCCCACGCCAUCCUUCGUCUGGAUCUGGCUGGCAGAGAUCUUACCGAUUACCUGAUGAAGAUCCUCACAGAGCGCGGCUAUUCUUUCACCACCACAGCAGAGCGUGAAAUCGUCAGAGACAUUAAGGAAAAGUUGUGCUAUGUUGCUUUGGACUUUGAGCAAGAAAUGCAGACCGCUUCCUCGUCAAGCUCUCUUGAGAAGAGCUACGAGCUUCCCGACGGUCAGGUAAUCACCAUUGGCAACGAGCGUUUCCGUUGUCCAGAGGCAAUGUUCCAGCCAUCUUUCCUAGGUAUGGAAUCCUCUGGCAUCCAUGAAACAACUUACAACAGUAUUAUGAAGUGCGACGUAGACACCGCCAUGUACGUCGCCAUUCAGGCUGUACUCUCUCUGUACGCUUCCGGCCGUACCACCGGUAUUGUGAUGGACUCCGGUGACGGUGUGUCCCACACUGUUCCCAUCUACGAGGGUUACGCCCUGCCCCACGCCAUUCUCCGUCUGGAUCUGGCUGGCAGAGAUCUUACCGACUACCUGAUGAAGAUCCUCACAGAGCGCGGCUAUUCUUUCACCACCACAGCCGAGCGUGAAAUCGUCAGAGACAUUAAGGAAAAGUUGUGCUAUGUUGCUUUGGACUUUGAACAGGAAAUGGCAACCGCCGCCAGCUCAAGCUCUCUUGAGAAGAGCUAUGAGCUUCCCGACGGUCAAGUAAUCACCAUUGGCAACGAGCGUUUCCGUUGCCCAGAGGCGAUGUUCCAGCCAUCUUUCCUAGGUAUGGAAUCUGCCGGUAUCCAUGAAACAACUUACAACAGUAUUAUGAAAUGCGACGUAGACAUCCGUAAGGAUCUGUACGCCAACACCGUCCUGUCUGGAGGAUCCACCAUGUACCCCGGUAUUGCCGACAGAAUGCAGAAGGAAAUCACUGCCCUCGCCCCAUCAACCAUGAAGAUCAAGAUCAUUGCUCCCCCAGAGCGCAAGUACUCCGUUUGGAUCGGCGGCUCCAUCCUCGCGUCUCUGUCCACCUUCCAGCAGAUGUGGAUCUCCAAGCAGGAAUACGACGAGUCCGGCCCCUCCAUCGUCCACAGGAAGUGCUUCUAAACAGUCGAACUCUAGUUGUUGUAAUUUCCAUUGUCACAUUGUUUCUGUGUUCAUAUACGCAUUACUUGAAAAAAAUGUGAUCGUAUUUUGUUAUACACUUAACAUUUACAUUUCUAGUAUUUUCAUACAUGAACAUGAUCUGUAACCUUUUAUAGUUACUUUUUUCUAUAUAAAAAAUAAAUACCAUGAAUAAAAAUCAUAAAAUA